AGUAUUUCACAUAUAUUUCAUAUCAUCUUCACAAUAACCUCAUGAAGCAGCAUUUGUUAUGCUCAUAAAGAUGAAUUCAAAUGGUUAAGUGGCUUGCCCAAGGUCACAAAAACCAAAUGGCAGUAUACAUACUGCUUUGUGUAAUGCGUUCUACGAAAGAGGAAACUGAGCCUCGGGGCGUUUUGUUAAAGUUGCCUGCACCUCUAAGAUGGUUGAGACCACAGUCUCCCCAUCAGUGGGCUUCGCUGCUGGAAGGCCCCUUGUCCUUUGGGGCUUGGACUGCACCACUCCGGAGGAUGCAUCGUCAUAUCAAUAUUUGCACACCUUGUUAGAAUAUUAUUUAUGGCCGCGAUCAGAAGGUCCCGCUCGCUCCUUUCUCUCCCCUUGGGCUGCGGAACAGAGUGGCUGGGAGAAGUCCUCCUAGACAGGGUUGAGAGUUUGCCGACGGCCCCUGAGAAGCUGGGUCGUUCCGAAUUGGCUGAGCGCGCGGCCGGGGGCGGGGAGUUUGCCAAACGCCCCGGCCGGAAUUUCUGCCUCCUAGAGCCGCGAGCCCAGAAGCGGGGAGAAGUUGGUGAGGUCGGCUGGGGGAGGGUUGCCAGAAAUUGAGGACGGACUCCCGCCCUGGUCCACUGAGCUCCCACAGGAGCGUCUCUGCUGCGUCUCGGGGCUGAGUGUGGACGCGCCGCGCGCGGCCCCGCCAGGGCUGGUAGUUUGCAGACCGUCCCUGCCGCGGCCCGCUCGGAGGCGGCCCUGCGGCUCCCGCGGCGGCAGCGGCGGCGGCUCCGGGCGCGAUCCAGCCCAGGUAGCCGCGCCGCAGGCUCGGGGCGUCGCGACCUCGCGCCUCGGGCCGCGUGGGCACGGCGGCCGGCGGGUGCUCCCGGCUGCUGCUGCUGCCCAACAAGGAGACAUACAGAGUAGAAGAUUUCAGUUGCCUGGUGUCCAUGUUCCCAGCUGAGGAUGAACAAGGCCUUCUUGCUUCAGCUCUCAUAUUGCAAAUAAGUGUUCUUCUUCCAUCUGAUAUGCCCUUCUGAAUAAAUGCACCCCAACUUUGGAUGGACAUGGGGUGCUGGCUUGUGGAUGGGCAGGCUGUCUUUCUGCUUUGUGCAUCUGAAGUUCUUGGCCACUGAAGACUUGCAUCUGGUGAUGGGCAGGCUUGUGAAUGGAAGUGAAGAAAGGCAACCAGCUGACACAGGAGCCAGAGUGAGACCAGCAGACUCUCACACUCAACCUACACCAUGAAUUUGUGUCUAUCUUCUACGCGUUAAGAGCCAAGGACAGGUGAAGUUGCCGGAGAGCAAUGGCUCUCUUUACUCCGUGGAAGUUGUCCUCUCAGAAGCUGGGCUUUUUCCUGGUGACUUUUGGCUUCAUUUGGGGUAUGAUGCUUCUGCACUUUACCAUCCAGCAGCGAACUCAGCCUGAAAGCAGCUCCAUGCUGCGUGAGCAGAUCCUGGACCUCAGCAAAAGGUACAUCAAGGCACUGGCAGAAGAAAACAGGAAUGUGGUGGAUGGGCCAUACGCUGGAGUCAUGACAGCUUAUGAUCUGAAGAAAACCCUUGCUGUGUUAUUAGAUAACAUUUUGCAGCGCAUUGGCAAGUUGGAGUCGAAGGUGGACAAUCUUGUUGUCAAUGGCACCGGAACAAACUCAACCAACUCCACCACGGCUGUUCCCAGCUUGGUUGCACUUGAGAAAAUUAAUGUGGCAGAUAUCAUUAACGGAGCUCAAGAAAAAUGUGUAUUGCCUCCUAUGGACGGCUACCCCCACUGUGAGGGAAAGAUCAAGUGGAUGAAAGACAUGUGGCGUUCAGAUCCCUGCUACGCAGACUAUGGAGUGGAUGGAUCCACCUGCUCUUUUUUUAUUUACCUCAGUGAGGUUGAAAAUUGGUGUCCUCAUUUACCUUGGAGAGCAAAAAAUCCCUAUGAAGAAGCUGAUCAUAAUUCAUUGGCGGAAAUUCGUACGGAUUUUAAUAUUCUCUACAGUAUGAUGAAAAAGCAUGAAGAAUUCCGGUGGAUGAGACUACGGAUCCGGCGAAUGGCUGACGCAUGGAUCCAAGCAAUCAAGUCCCUGGCAGACAAGCAGAACCUUGAAAAGAGAAAGCGGAAGAAAGUCCUCGUUCACCUGGGACUCCUGACCAAGGAAUCUGGAUUUAAGAUUGCAGAGACAGCUUUCAGUGGUGGCCCUCUUGGUGAAUUAGUUCAGUGGAGUGAUUUAAUUACAUCUCUGUACUUACUGGGCCAUGACAUUAGGAUUUCAGCUUCACUGGCUGAGCUCAAGGAAAUCAUGAAGAAGGUUGUAGGAAACCGAUCUGGCUGCCCAACUGUAGGAGACAGAAUUGUUGAGCUCAUUUAUAUUGAUAUUGUAGGACUUGCUCAAUUCAAGAAAACUCUUGGACCAUCCUGGGUUCAUUACCAAUGCAUGCUCCGAGUCCUUGAUUCAUUUGGUACUGAACCCGAAUUUAAUCAUGCAAAUUAUGCCCAAUCGAAAGGCCACAAGACCCCUUGGGGAAAAUGGAAUCUGAACCCUCAGCAGUUUUAUACCAUGUUCCCUCAUACCCCAGACAACAGCUUUCUGGGGUUUGUGGUUGAGCAGCACCUGAACUCCAGUGAUAUCCACCACAUUAAUGAAAUCAAAAGGCAGAACCAGUCCCUUGUGUAUGGCAAAGUGGAUAGCUUCUGGAAGAAUAAGAAGAUCUACUUGGACAUUAUUCACACAUACAUGGAAGUGCAUGCAACUGUUUAUGGCUCCAGCACAAAGAAUAUUCCCAGUUACGUGAAAAACCAUGGUAUCCUCAGUGGACGGGACCUCCAGUUUCUUCUUCGAGAAACCAAGUUGUUUGUUGGACUUGGGUUCCCUUACGAGGGCCCAGCUCCCCUGGAAGCUAUCGCAAAUGGAUGUGCUUUUCUGAAUCCCAAGUUCAACCCACCCAAAAGCAGCAAAAACACAGACUUUUUCAUUGGCAAGCCAACUCUGAGAGAGCUGACAUCCCAGCAUCCUUACGCUGAAGUUUUCAUCGGGCGGCCACAUGUGUGGACUGUUGACCUCAACAAUCAGGAGGAAGUAGAGGAUGCAGUGAAAGCAAUUUUAAAUCAGAAGAUUGAGCCAUACAUGCCAUAUGAAUUUACGUGUGAGGGGAUGCUACAGAGAAUCAAUGCUUUCAUUGAAAAACAGGACUUCUGCCAUGGGCAAGUGAUGUGGCCACCCCUCAGCGCCCUACAGGUCAAGCUUGCUGAGCCCGGGCAGUCCUGCAAGCAGGUGUGCCAGGAGAGCCAGCUCAUCUGCGAGCCUUCUUUCUUCCAGCACCUCAACAAGGACAAGGACAUGCUGAAGUACAAGGUGACCUGCCAAAGCUCAGAGCUGGCCAAGGACAUCCUGGUGCCCUCCUUUGACCCCAAGAAUAAGCACUGUGUGUUUCAAGGUGACCUCCUGCUCUUCAGCUGUGCAGGCGCCCACCCCAGGCACCAGAGGGUCUGCCCCUGCCGGGACUUCAUCAAGGGCCAGGUGGCUCUCUGCAAAGACUGCCUAUAGCAGCUAUCUGCUCAGCCCUGCACCAUGCUGCUGGGGAAGACAGUGGCCCCAGCCCCUUCAGGCAGGGCCAGGGACAGAAGUCAUGCAGGGACUCUGGCAAGAGCCUGAACUUUUUGGUAGAAGGUUCUGAUUUGGCAUUGCCCUUGCUGCACUCCAAGCAACCCAGUGGAGUCUUCACCAAAACAAAACAAGAGCGUAUGUCAGGCCAGAAGCCUGGCUUGUUCCUGGCACAACAUCAUUUCUGUUUCUCAAGGAGCAACUGUGCGAAGACUGUCACUGCAGCUGCUCCAGGGCAAAAGAAAGUCUCAAGAGUCCUUUAAAACAAAACAGGAGGAAUUGAGCUGAUGGGAAAGAACUUUGAAUGGGAACAUUCCUAAACCCAUUAACUUAUUUAUUCGGGUGGGAGGGAGGGGACUGCGGGAGGGAGAGGAGGGAUUGAUCACAGGCUUCUUUUAUUUCCACUGUUAAUCAUCCACCUUCACUAUACUGUUGUUCUGUCUGCUUUGGGCAGGGUGCAGGAGAGAGACCGUGUGCCGUGGGGCUGGUGGCCUGCUCAGGGACAGCCACGGGGACCUGGCAGCUCAAAACGGAUGGCAGCAGAGCAAAAGAAACUUUUGCUUUGGAAGCACAGCCAAAUUCCCCGGGGCAUUGUCAUAGAUGGCACCUAGAGCAUGGGCUGCCUCAGUCAGGGGGACGUGCCUGUGUUGUCCAGAGAGCCCAGCUAGGGAUGAAAAAGGAGAUGAGGCCCCUUUCCUCCAUGUCCCCAUGCCCAGACACAUACCUUGGCCAUAAUUUCUUUUAGAAUCCCUUUGGGAAAGAAAUACAGGAUUGAGAGAUUUUGGAGUUUCUGGUAAACUCACUCUCCCUCCAGCCCCGCUAUGAGGAGGAAAGUAGAGAUGAAAGACUCGCGCUGCUCAUGGACUUGGAGAGGAUUGUCUUUGAGCCAAGAUUUGGACAGGAGUGAAGUCGGUCCUUAAGAACUUGUGGCACGACCGGAGCUGGGCUCCUGACAGGUGGGCUUGUGUUGUGUCACCUCUGAUGGCACCAAAGUCCAGGGAAGGGGGCUCUUGAUGUCUGCUGGGGUAGUGGAGGCAGCUCAGGAUGAAUGCAGUGCCCUGUCCUGGCUGCUCACCUGAGGGUGUAGCUCGCAAAGGUGGGAAUCUGGUGCUGGCUUUUCCUUCAGGCAGGAUCACUCUGACUCGCUGAGUAAUCAGUCAUCAGGUUGGCCUGGUCAGACACACUGGACCCCACCUUCCAAACCCUGGACCCCCCAUUCUCUGUCUUUGUACAAGUUCCCACCCCACUGAAUCGUUGCUGCCAUGCUCUGUACAAGUUUGUAAGUUUCUGGAAAGCCCCUGACAUCUCCAUGCUGAUGCGAGUGAGCCCCCUUCUGCCUAAUGUGAGUGGUUGGCGUCAUCCACUUGGCCCCUGCUGGGUGCCUCAGUCGUUCAAUGAUGUGCUCUGCGCCGGGGCUUCCAAGCACCCUUCCUGCUAACAGAGGGUGGCCCAGUGGAGCCUCCGCUGGGCAGAACUGAUGGGCAAGGUUUAAUGGCUGGUAGCUUUCAGAAUGUGAGGGAAAGGAAGAAUUCUGCUUCAGGGGGACUAGAGUUAGUGUGGGGCCUUUAAGUCUGGGAAGUUACAUUCUGCUUCUUUCUCAGUUGCUACACAAAUGUGCAGCCAGCCUUUUUUCUUAGGCCCACUGAGAUCCCUGCUCAGUGGGUCUCAAUUGUACCUCCAGUCUAAGAGGAGGAUGGGGGGCACCUGGGGCCUCCUCCACUCCUUAGGUGGCCCCUGAGCACAUCUGCCAGGGAGAAUACCAUGGGGAGGCCUCUGCCCUGAGCAUCAUCACAGGGGCACCUCCAGACCUGGCUGAGAAUAGCCUCUGCUUGGGCCUAGGAAGAAGGGCAGAAGUCCAAAGGAAACCUUGGUGAGUGAGGGAGUGUGUGUGUGUGUGUGUGUGUGUGUGUGUGUGUGUGUGUGUGUGUGUACGAGCCUCUGUGUGUGUGUGUGUGUGUACGAGCCUGUGUGUGUGUGUGUGUGUGUGUGUGUGUGUGUGUGUGUGUGUGUACGAGCCUGUGCAUUUCUUUAAGCUUAAAGCAAGGGCAGUUUCUGGCAUCCUUGCUGUGAGGAAGAGCUUUUUCCUUGUGAAUGGGCCUCUUGGCUGUACCCUAGGGUGUGGGAAUUUGCUAGAGUUCCCUGACCUGCAGUCCCUGGGCCAGUGCCGCCCUCUCCUGGGCUCUUCCAGGAGCAUUGAACACUGAGGAUGUCAAUGCAAGUAUCUGACCAGCAGGGGGAGCCUGCAGGCCGAGCAAAGUUUAACCCACUUAGCCACUGCUACUUGAGCAAGGAAGCUGAAAAGUAACCUUAGCCCUGCCUUGUGUUCCAAAAGCUGCAAGGAUCAUUUGCUGGCUGUCCCUAAGUUCAAGGCCUCCCUACCUUCCCCUUCUUUUCCAAGUCACGACCCGCCCUCCCCAGGCCAGACAGCCCAGAAGAGCACUUUUCUGCCAUUUAAAAAUCCCUCUUUCGUCCCCCCCGAGUCCAGUAUUGGGUGGAAGUGUGCCGGAGUUCCACUGACAGGGCAGCUGCUGUUGGAGCAAACAGGCCCACACUCCAGUUGUUUAGGGCAUUAUCUGAAGAGUCAGUGACCCCUGAAUCUGUACUGGUUCCCAGGCCUCCUCAGACUUGGCCCAGGUCUAGUCAGUGAUCCUGGAGAGGAAACUGGGGAGGGGGCUUCCAACUGCCCUGCAUGGAAGAGGAGAGGAAGGUGCCCCUGUGUGGGCUGGAAGCCUGCGGAGGUUUUGCCAUUGCUGAUCUUGAUAGAAUCCUAAACCGAUUUGUAGCUGAUAACAGUUCCAUGGGGAGAGAAAUCCUAAGUUAUGAUUAAUGUUUCUCCUCGCUAUAAUAUCUUGCCUGUUUUUUUGGAUUAUUUUCCCCAUUGUGAUCCUAAGCUCUUAAAAAACUUGAGGGAAAACAUUUAUCUAAUUUACUAAAAGAGAAAGCUUUCCAUUGAAAAGUAAAUACUUUGAGGAGUAAAAAGACUUCUUUGAAUGCUGGUAAACACCUCAUUUAUUUUGUGUAUGCAGUUUGAUUUGCACAUGUAUGAAUGGAGAUGCUUUUCAUUUUUGCUUGGACUGGGUUUGUGUCACUGCUCAUUACAGUUUGCUUUUUUGUGUGUUUGCUAUGCGUUUGGAGAUAGUCAGUUUCUUUGGUGAUAUUUGUUUCAUUGAUGUGCCUUUUUGCUUUUCUUUGGGGUUUUUGGAAUCCAGAUGCUGUUAAAGGGCAAUAGCAGACUCCUCCAGCUAAGAGACAGGACAUGUUCUUGAGCCACUGUAGCUGUUCAGGCUGGACACCAGAAGCUCCCUAUAACCCUCCCGCCAGGCCGUAGUGUGUAUGCAUGUGCAGUUCCACCCACAGAGGAGGGUGUGAAGCCUUGAGAACCUCAAGAAAGGGCUGGAUUCUGCCAUACCUUUGGGUCUACCUUAGGACUGCUGGUUGCCAGUGUGUCAACCGGCCUGUGUUCCCUGCCACCCACACACUUGCUGAGGUGUGGCUGAGGCAGAAUCAUGUGAGCGGGUGCAUCCAAGGAGUUCAGGGCCGUGCUUGGAGAAGAAAUACUUUAACAUCGUGAAAGGGAAAGAACGUGCACCCCUUUUUUGUUUCUUUAGUGAAUGCAAUAUUUAAUGAAAGUGAAUAAUGAGCUUCCCCUUUGGGAGUGGAGCCCAGUUCAGCUCACUGGCAGGGUUGACGUCAGUAUGAUGUGUUGGACUGAAACUGUAUGUCUAUAGGUAGGUGCGUGCCUUUUAGGGCAGACCACGGUGGUCACCCCGUUUCUCCGAGGUGGUUUACCUAGCUUGUGUAUAUAAUUAGACAUUGCCACCCUCACCUCUGGCCAAAAAGUCUUGAUUAAAAAAAAAAAGUCUAUUUUGUUAACGACAGGCUCUGUUGUAUGUGUUACUGUCCCAAGCCUGGAUUAUUUUAUUUAUUUAAAAGUAUUUUAAUUUCCAUAUUGGCUUUAUUCUAAUCCCAUCCGUCCCUGUGGGGCUGCAGAGCAUCUUCAUGUGAGUAGACGGAUGGACAUAAAUAGAUUCAUGCUCAUUUAGGAAGCUGGGAGUUUCAUGAAGCUGAGGGUGAGUUCCUGUGAUUCUUUUUGGCUUCAAAAAGUGGGAGACCAAGUUUUUAUAGCAAAAGACCAAAUUAGCUGUAGAGUCUUGAAUGCAGAAAAAAAUUACCCUAGCUUUCUUAGCACUUAGGGUUUUGUGAGGAUUCAAUGUUUAGCACAGUGCUUGGCACAUAGUAAGCCCUAGUAAAUGUUAAAUAUUGUUAUUAGUGUUUUGUAAAACUUGCGAAAUAGAGCUGAGCUCAUUCCCUUCCUGUUGAUUCAAAAAUAAUACCUACAUGAAAACAUGAUUCCAAGUUGAUUGAAUGUUGUAGGAAUUACUGGUUUAGAGUAGCCCAGUUCUCGGCCUACCCUGCUGGUUGGGAUCUUACUGUAUUCUUGAAUGUACUGAUUUGAAAAUAUGCCAGACUUCAGCCCCCGAGGAAACAAGCCUGCAAGAAUUUAUGAACUCCAACUGGAAAGGGUAAAGGUGACCUUUGGCUAGCCACAUACUGGACCUUACCUCACUGAUGUCUUUCAGAACAUUCCAAGGGUUUUCCUCAAGGAACAUUUUUGAGCUAGAAAUUAAAAUGGGUUCUCUGGCAGACUGCACCCCUUGAGUCAAAGUGAACAGUAUUCCUUUGAAUGCAGUAAUAGCUUUUCUGCGUUAAGGGGGAAGGAAUGACCAAUUGAACUUACACAUUCCCCAGGCAGGUCCCUUUGCCGCCCCCUACAGGCUGGGGUGGCCCCUCCUGUCCUCAGGGAUCAGACUCCCAGACUGGUUAGCUCUGCAUGUUUCCAUCAAAUUAAAGGUUAUUCCCUGGCCUCCUGCUGGAGAAAACCAACCCCACCCUGCCAGCUGGAGGCAAUGGGGCAGGGAUUUUGGCCUCUCAGAACAGCUCCUAGAGGCUGCUCAUGAUUGAAUGUUUCCCCAAAUCACCUAAAUAUCGGUUUGCUUUUUGUUUUGGGGGAGAGGAUUUAGCCUCUUACUUCCCCGGUGGAUUCCAAGUUUUAUCUCCUUAUCUCCUGUCCUGUCUUGGCACAACUCUGGAUAGAUUGCAGGUGUGGAAUUUGCUGGAGUUUGGUGUCUUUUUCAAAUUCCUUUGGAUUCUGUUCCGCCAAAUCAGCAGUCUCGUCCUGUGGAUGCAGUGAUUGGAAUUUCCCAUCUGCAAAGCAUCUCUCUCUAGCCCAGAUUUUGUGGAGCCUUAAGACACUCCCUCAGUGCCACCUUGACCCCACGGCUGGAGAACCCUGUGCUUAUGUGGUGGGCAGGGCCACUGUUGAUGGAGGAUGGCAGGGACAGGGUGGUGCUCAAAGGAUCUGUGGUGCUGGAGGUCUAAACACCUCUCGGGACAGCAUGUCAGGAACCUCAGAGCAGCUUCACGUCUGCCAAAGCUGAGAGGGAGCAAACUUGGGAAGCAUUUUGCUCAUUGUCCUACCCAAGUAUUAAUAGCAUAAUAGUUGAUGCCAAAGGAGAUGGUGACGUCCCUUCCACUGUAGUUGCUGUCACAACCUUGAUGUCUUUAAGCUAAUGGCCGUUUGCAUCUGUGUCUUCAAACAGAUCCUGGUUACAGCCAUUUUCUGUGGUUCACUUCUGGGGUUAAGUAAUGCAGGAUUCUGCAAACAAGGUGUCGCUGUCCAAAUGUACUGUCCUGGCAUAGAGAGCACUGCUUUGUUUUCCACUGUUGUAGAGAAAACUAGGGAGAACUUUAUUUUUCAAUAAACUUUUCUUGUGUGA